AUGUUCAUUCAUGUGAUAUUUUCGGAGCAAAUAUUGCUCACCUUGUAUUGGUUGCUUGAUUUGUGCAGAGCAACAUUCGAUAUAAACCCACAGCAGCUCCAGAUGGUUGCUGAUAGUCUGAAAAUGAAUGAAUGCCGUAAAUUAUCAGAAUCAUUACAUCAGCAGGAAUUCAAAAUGGAUCAUGAUCCUACAGGAAACUUGGAACCAAAAGAUGUGUCCUGUCUGCGGCUGCUAGAACAUUGGAACACGCAUGAAGGCAAAGACGAAACAUUCCACCAGCUGGCCCUAAGACUUCGCCAACUAGGACGCAAGGACAUUGCCGAUCGUCUUUCCGAAUCUGUGUCUGACGAAAAGGUUCAUGAAGUACGAGAAACGUUCUUGGACGAUCCUUUCAAAUCUCGGAUACAUACCAACUCUCCUCUUCUUCAAGAGAGCCCCCACGUUGAGACGCAACUACCGACGCAAAUUAUAGAUGACCAGUGGACGAUUUAUGAAAUCGGGCAGGCUGUCGUGAUUUCUGCAAUAACUGUCGUUUUCUCGUUUCUGGCCAUUUUGUUACUUUUCAGGGUUUUCUUGCCCGACUCGUUUGCCCGUAUGAGAGCAACUUGGUACGUAUCUUUCUUGGGUAAACGGCCCAGCAAAGAAGAAUUAUUUUUAAUAAUGUGA